UCGAGGAAGACGACAGAACCCAGAGAAGGUAACACAGUUUUCCACAAAACCCAGAUCAUCUCAUACAUCCUACAUUAUUUCACCUUUUUCCUUCUGCCAUUUGAUUCAUCAAAUCCCCAUGAAAACCCCACCAAUAUAAACACCACACACCCACUUCUAUCCUCCCCCUUGUAAACCAAUCUCCUUUCCCUCUCUCUCUUCUUCCUUUUCUCCUUCUUCCUCCUCUUCUUCCCCAUUUCGGCACGAAUCUUAUCUGGGUUCUUUUUCUUCUUUUCGCUCUCAUGGAAACUUACAUACACCACCAUUUUGACAACUGCGAUGCUCAUUUGCCGCCUGGGUUCCGGUUUCACCCGACUGAUGAAGAGCUCAUCACUUACUAUCUUCUUAAGAAAGUUCUUGACAGCAGCUUCACUGGCCGAGCCAUUGCAGAAGUUGAUCUCAACAAGUGUGAGCCAUGGGAGCUCCCUGAGAAGGCAAAAAUGGGAGAGAAAGAGUGGUACUUUUUCAGCUUGCGUGACCGCAAGUACCCGACCGGUCUACGUACCAAUAGAGCCACGGAGGCUGGUUACUGGAAGGCUACUGGGAAGGAUAGGGAGAUUUACAGCUCAAAAACUUGUGCACUUGUGGGAAUGAAGAAGACUCUGGUGUUCUACCGAGGGAGAGCUCCCAAGGGUGAGAAGAGCAACUGGGUAAUGCAUGAGUAUCGCCUUGAAGGCAAGUUUGCUUACCAUUAUCUUUCCAGGAGCUCCAAGGAUGAAUGGGUGAUAUCUCGGGUCUUCCAGAAGAGCGGUGCCGGCAGUUGCGGCGGAGGUGGCAAAAAGACCAAAAUGCCCCCCAGUAUCAACUUGUACCAAGAACCCAGCUCUCCCUCCUCCGUCUCCCUCCCUCCACUUCUUGAUCCCACCACUGCAAGCACCACUGCCGCCGCAACUUCGCUCGACAGCUGCUCCUACGACGGUCACAGCUUCAGUACCAGCGCCGCCGCCGCUGCCGCAGCUUCGUCUGAGCACGUGUCCUGUUUCUCCACAAUUGCAGCCGCUGCAGCUGCGGCUGGCUCCUCCGCUUCCUCGACUUUUGAUUUCGGCCCUCCUCCUCAGCUGCCACCGCAGCCGCAGAUGUACGCAGGAUAUGAUUCGUUUACGCGCUUCCCGAGAAGCGUGGGAUUGUCGGGUUUUCCGAGUCUGAGGUCGCUGCAGGAGAAUCUCCAGCUGCCUUUCUUUUUCUCCUCCUCUACUUCCUCGCCUUCUGCUUCGAUUCCCCCUCCGCUUUUUCAGGGCGGUGGUGGUGCCGCCUUCAGUUGGCCAUUUAUGCCGGAUGAAGGUGGCGGGAAGCUUUGUAUGGGAGCAAGUGAGCUUGACUGCAUGUGGUCUUUCUGAAACCGUUUCCCUCUAAACCAUCAAGACGUAUCUUUAGGUUUUCAUUAGUGGGUUCUGUUUCUUUGUCAAGCUCUGGUAAUCCUGAUAUGUUAUGUAGUGUAUUAAUGUAGCGUCUUUAACGUCGGCAUGCAGGAUGCUUAUCUCUAUGUCAUCUGUAACAGUAGGAUGGUAGGAAGAUUAGA